GGGGUGAGGUAGGGGGCAUAGAUAGACAAGAAUAUUGGCAAUUUGAAUGAUCCUUUUUCGAAAGCUUUCCAUAAAAGUCAGAAGGAAAAUGAAUUCCUGGUAGCUUAGCUGUGCCUUCCACCCUACCCAUAUGCCCAUAAAAGUUGUCUCUUUCCUCAUUCAAUCCUACCAAAGUUACCAGCCAUCUCUUUAUAAUUCCAACCAGCACUAUGUUUAACUAAACAUAUUCUCACAGAGAGGUACAGCCCCAUAAAAACACAGAAGCAUGACCAAUUAAAGACUUCAAGUACAAAAAACUGGACUUACAGAAGCUGCCACGAUGAAGAUUCAAUGCGACGUUUGUGGGAAAGAAGCAGCGUCCGUAUUCUGCACCGCAGAUGAAGCCGCCCUCUGCCAGAACUGCGACAACAGAGUUCAUAAUGCCAAUAAACUGGCUAGCAAGCACCCCCGUUUCUCUCUUCUUAAUCCUCGGUUGAAAGAAUCUCCGCGCUGCGACAUUUGCCAGGAAAGACAAGCAUUACUGUUCUGUCAAGAAGACAGGGCUUUACUUUGUCGAGAUUGUGAUAUACCAAUACACAAGGCCAACGAACUCACCAAGAAGCAUAACAGAUUUCUUCUAACUGGGGUCAAGCUUUCUGCAGCCAUUUCUAUGCAUCAAGGUGCUACAUCGUCCAGUGGAUCGCAAUCGCAAUCUGAAAGAGAGAUCAAAACUUCAGCUGCUAAUGCAAGCUCAAAUGCAAAUUGUUCAGAGACAUCAUCGAUUCCUAUGAGGGGGAAUGAGCCGAGCCUACCCGUCAGUGAGCAAGCUUCAGACUCGACCAGUAGCAUAUCGGAGUACUUAAUAGAGACUAUCCCCGGUUGGCAUGUUGAAGACUUGAUGGAUCCUUCUUCCCAUUAUGGUUACUAUUGAUGAGAAGGUCACAUCUUUUGUCAAAUGAAUAAUCCAGAUCAACCAUGGGUUUUUUCAGCAAAAGGCAUGUACAAGAUCAGGUUAAAAACACAAGAGGUACAAGGAUUUAGGAUAAAUAUGGUUUUGAUAUCCCAAGUCAGGUCACAAUCAGUCAACAUGUGAAAGGAUUUGGAGAAUAACGACUGGAGGAAAGCCUCUACUGGUUAUUCCAUGUCUGUUUAAUCCUCUUUUUUUCUCAUUCUGUGGUCCCUCCUCGCUGCUCUUUGUUAAGUAACCAAGUAAGGCAAAAUCUAAUGACCUAAACUGAAUUCUUCUUUCCUUUUGUUUGCAGCUCCUCUCAAAGAGGAUACAUGUUUUUAUCAGAACCCUUUCCCCCCACGCCAAUCUAAGUGGAAAGGUUUAUUUUGUGUUUCCAGCUAAAAAUUUAUUUAUUUUUUGGUUGAGCUACCACUACUCCAAACUAGGUUGCAAAUGACUUGUGAGUUUCUAUUUUUAGCACUCAGAAUUUGUUGUAACUUUCUGUAUCUCCCUAAUCAACUAUCCACAUAGACAAGAUAUGGAAUUAGUUUUAA